ACAGAAUGUGACCCCAAGUAUAAAGAGCAAGCAAAGCACAAUACGCUUUUGCCCGUGUUAUUCUCCUUCAGCCUUCUCUCUUUUUCAUCCAUCUCUUUGGUGUCUGCUUUCCUCAGAGGCUCUCUACCCUCUAGUCCAACAUGGCGCACCAACGGUCAAGCUCGCCAAAAGCAGAGGCAACCCGCCUCCGCUGGCAGGAGGUAGACGAAGAGACUGGUCUCCAGCCCAAGAAACUGCUUCCAGAUCUCUCAAGAACUGUGUCAACCAUGUCAAACAACUCUCAAAUGUCUGCGCGGAGUCGGAACCGGAGGGCAACUGUUGAUCCUUCACUUUCAUUGCCAAUCCAUUACCGCACUGUCUCCUUCGACAUCGAUGAAGCAAGAGAAAAAGAACUUGCUGAGACCGCCAAAACGAAGAACAAUGUCGUGACAGACCUCUCGAACCUCGACUGGCAUCAAAUUUCCACCGAAGAGCUGCAGAAACGAUGGAAAGUCGAUAUAUCGCAGGGGCUCUCGCGCGAACAAGUCCAGCAACGCUUACAGGAAUACGGAAAGAAUGCUCUCUCGCCACUGCCACACCAGUGGUUCUGGCAGAUAUUUGGUUACUUCUUCAAAGGCUUCGGUGCCAUCCUCCUUAUAGGAAGUGUUCUGGUGUUUGUCUCAUGGAAGCCUCUCGGGAAUCCUCCAGCUAUAGCCAAUCUUGCCUUGGCUAUCGUUUUACUUGCCGUGUUCUUCAUUCAAGCUGGGUUCAAUGCGUGGCAAGAUUGGUCAUCAUCACGAGUCAUGGCGUCGAUCACUGCCAUGUUGCCGGAAAGUUGUCUUGUUCUCCGCGACGGCUCACUCACUGUGGUCUCUGGACCGGAAAUUGUUCCUGGUGAUGUUGUGCAUCUCACAGCCGGAACCAAGCUGCCUGCUGAUUUACGCCUGGUCGAAGUCUCCACUGACGCGAGCUUCGAUCGUUCGAUCCUGACUGGUGAAUCCGCCCCGAUCAAUGGAACGGUCAACUCUACGGAUGACAACUACCUCGAGACACACUGUAUUGGUCUACAGGGGACACACUGCGUGGCUGGAAGUGCCGUGGGCGUCGUUGUCUCCACUGGUGACUCGACCGUCUUUGGUCGAAUUGCAAAGCUGACCAGUGAGCCCAAGAAAGGCUUGACCACCUUGGAAAAAGAGAUCCUGCGCUUUGUGUCAUUCAUUGUCGCAAUCAUGCUAGCUAUGAUCAUUCUAGUUGUUGGGGUUUGGGCUGGAUGGCUUCGAAAAGAACAUCCUGACUGGAUCAACGUUCCUACUCUGAUCGUCGACUGCGUGAGUGUUGCUAUCGCAUUCAUUCCUGAAGGCCUUCCAAUCGCCCUUACCGCAAAUUUGACAAUCACUGCCAACCUCAUGAGCAAGAACAAGAUUCUGUGCAAAUCGCUGAAGACCGUGGAGACUCUGGGUGCUGUCUCUGUAAUCUGCUCCGACAAGACUGGAACGUUGACAAGGAACAAAAUGUUUGUUACAGAGUGUGCCAUCUCGACAACCUGCUUUAGCCCUGAUUCAGCAAGGGAUGAGAUGAACAGGAAAGGCAAGAAGAGCGGAGUCCACCAGCUUCGCGCCAUGGCCGGUCUCUGCAAUGCAGCUGAAUUUGAUGCCGCAUCCAUGCAGCUCCCGCUCCACGAGAGAGAAAUCCAUGGAAAUGCCACUGAUCAAGCCGUCCUGAGGUUAUCCGAGGGUUUGGGAUCGGUAGCCAAACUGCGCCAAACGUGGAAAAAGACCUAUGAGCUGGCUUUCAACAGCAAGAACAAGUUUAUGGUACGGACAUUCACACUUGCUGAACCAGAGGGACUAGGACUCGCGAUGUCUGCCGCAGAGUCUUCGCAGUUCAAGCGCAGCGAUAUUCUUUUCACGAUUAAAGGUGCACCGGACAUUCUUAUCGACAGAUGCUCGCAAUUCAUUGAUCUUGAUGGCAGCGUGCAGCCACUGGAAGCGCGGAUGCUGGCUCGGAUGAGAGAAGUCAAGGACCAGUGGUCUGCAGAAGGAAAGCGCGUAAUUCUCCUCGCGCGAAAACUCCUCUCUUCAGCUGAGAUAAUGUUUCAGCCAUCCUCACACGAGUUUGAGACUGAAAUGCUGAACCAAGCGAAGACCGGGCUGGUUCUAGUCGGCAUGGUCGGUAUUGUCGAUCCUCCGAGGGAAGAAAUUCCAGACGUCAUUAGUACCCUGCGACGCGCAGGGAUUCGGAUCUUCAUGGUAACCGGCGACUUUGGCCUCACAGCGCUGGCUAUCGCACGGCAAUGUGGAAUUGUUGGCACAAACGGUCUCGUUGAUGAUGCGACUGCUCUCAGAAGAUCAACGGAUUCCGAGAAGGCCUCCAGUGCUCCUACUGCCUCCGCGAUCACCAUCAGUGGAGCUGACCUUAUGAGUCUCAAUGACCACCAGUGGGAACAACUCUGUCAGUACCAGGAAAUUGUCUUUUGGCGAACCACUCCCGAGCAAAAGCUUCGUAUUGUUCGCGAGUUCCGCGCAAGAGACGAGAUUGUCGGCAUGACUGGCGACGGUGUUAAUGAUGCGCCUUCUCUGAAGGCAGCUGACAUUGGCAUCGCACUGGGUAGCGGGUCCGACAUUGCUAUCGAGGCCUCUGACAUGGUUCUUCUGGAGUCUUUCUCUGCCAUCGUCGAAGCGGUACAGUACGGGCGGGUUGUCUUUGACAACUUGAAGAAGACAAUUGUCUAUCUUCUCCCAGCGGGCUCGUUCUCAGAGUUCUGGCCUGUCUUUUGCAAUGUCGUCUUCGGGCUUCCUCAGGUCCUCUCAUCCUUUUUGAUGAUCAUCAUCUGUUGCUUCACAGACUGCGCGGCCGCGACAGUCCUCGCCUACGAGAAACCCGAAGCCGACGUCCUCCUCCGUCCCCCACGCAAGCCCAAGCAGAACCGCCUCGUGAACUGGAAACUCAUCUUCCACGCAUACGGUGUUCUUGGCGUUAUUGAAACCGUCUGCUCCUUUGCCAUGGCCUUCUGGUACCUUGAGCGCAACGGCGUCCCCUUCUCCGUCUUCUGGUUCAAGUUCGGCAACUACCCCUCCGACAUUGACCAAGACUGGCUCACAGCCCGCCUCAACGAAGCUAGCUCUGUCUACUUUGUCAACCUUGUCGUGAUGCAAUGGUUCAACCUCAUGGCCGUCCGCACUCGCCGCCUCUCCAUCUUCUCGCACCCACCAGCCUUCAAUAAAAAGACUCAGAACCUGCUCCUCUUCCCCGCCAUCUUGUUUGCCUUCGUCAUGGCCAUCUUCUGGCUCUAUAUCCCCCCGCUCCAGCGCACCUUGAACACAACCAGCGUCCCCGCGAUUCAUUACUUCCUGCCUGCGGCAUUCGGGGUGGGGAUCGUGGUGCUGGAUGAGCUGCGGAAGGCGGGAGUGAGGCGGUGGCCGAACGGGCUCCUGGCUCGAUUCGCGUGGUGAGAGUCUGUUGCUUUACUUUGCUUUGUGGCCGGUGGUUUGAGGAUUAUUGCUUAGAGGCUAGGCUACAUACAUAUGUACUUGGUUGGGAGGCCCACCGGCAGGUUACACCCGGAGCCCGGUGCAUGUUGGUUCCGAUUUAGACUGGGAUCUCUGCUUUAUCCGAAUGGGGUAGGUAGACUAGCUUGCAGUGCAGUGGUCUGGUGGAUUUGGACUCUGUCAUACCUGGUUACUUACUAAGUAUGGGUUACG